AUGUUCGUUCAGAGUACCCUCGCUCCUCAAAAGCCUGUAGUUGAAGUCACCCAAACCCUCCCAUGGGUAGAAAAAUACAGACCACAAAAGAUUGAUGAACUGGCCCACCAAGAAGAAAUUGUGAAUGCCCUUCAGACCUCCCUCAGCUCUGGCUCUUUGCCACAUCUUCUUUUUUAUGGGCCUCCUGGCACAGGGAAGACCUCUGCAAUUUUAGCUAUUGCUAAACAAAUGUUUGGGCCUGAUUUAUACAAGUCAAGAGUGCUUGAAUUAAAUGCAUCAGAUGACAGAGGAAUCAAUGUUGUCAGAGAAAAAAUUAAAAAAUUCGCACAGGUGGCAGUUACUAAGUACCAAAACGCACAAUGUCCUAAUUUUAAGAUUAUAAUUCUAGAUGAGGCUGACUCACUCACAUCAGAUGCGCAAUCAGCCUUAAGGAGGGUUAUUGAAAAGUAUACAAAAGUGACGAGAUUUUGCUUGAUUUGCAACUAUAUUAGCAAAAUCAUUGAUCCUUUGGCAUCAAGAUGUGCGAAGUUUAGGUUUAAGCCAAUCAGUGAAGAAGCGCAUUUAAAUAGGCUGAAGUAUAUUUGUGAGCAGGAAAGGAUUAAUUGUACAAAUGAUGCAUUUUCGCUGCUUAUUCAAGUAUCUGAAGGGGAUUUAAGGAAAAGUAUCACAGCUUUGCAGAGCACAAGCAAAUUGCAUGGGGAUUGGAUUUCGGAUCAAAUGGUGCUUGAUGUUGCUGCGGUUAUCCCUGCUGAUGUUAUAAACCAGAUUUAUCAGUCUCUUCAAGGGACUUUUGAGGAAGUUCAACAGCUGUCAGCGGAUUUGAUUCUUGAAGGUUUCCAGCCUGAUAGCAUUAUUUUUCAGUUAUUUGAUUUUCUGCUGAGCAGACAAGAAAUAUCUGACAUUAAAAAAGCAAAAAUUGUAGAGGUUUUAGCAGAAGUAGACUAUGGACUUGUGGCUGGAGGAAAUGAAAGCCUUUUAAUUUUGAAAGCGCUGAGCUCAAUUCAAGAAAUUUUAAAUAAUUAA